UUAAAAACAUUUAAUUUCAUAAAUAGUUAUACAUUAAAAUACAUUUACAUUGUUGUUUGAGACUUUACAUGGUGUUCCCUAGGUUAUGUCACAGAAGAAGAUUGACAGCCGAACGGACCAAUAGCAGCAUAGACAUAUCCCACAGCACCUACCAAUAGGACUUUAUGAUUGACUAUAGACUAUAAAACCAUAGCACCCCUUGUAGUCAGAGCCUGAGAGAAUCAUGGUGCACAUCUCUGUUUCAACCCUGUACAAUAAUAUGUUACAACAUACACAUGCUUUUAUUCAGUUGCGGACUAAUAUAUUGGCACCCUUGCACUUUUCUUAAAUAGUUCCCUAUUUCUUCUGAAAUUAGUUAAAAUUGAAAAAAAUAAAAAUGUUUGUUCUCCACUCCUUGUUAUUGGAUGUUCAACAUUGUUGAACCAAUUUUAUUUUUGUAAACUUAAGUUGACACAGAAAAUAAAGCACCCCAGAGGUAGUUCUUGGUUUUCAGCCGCUGGUCCUGGGGGCUGUGAACGUGCGCAAGGCAUCAUGGGAAUCAUCAGAUUAUCAGGUGUUUUGUAGUCCAACGUUCAACUCAGUGUCUACAAACUGGGUCUCCAUUGAAGGUUGUGUGUCUUCCAGCAGGACAACGACCCCCAAUAUGACAAGGAAUGGUUCAACUCAGUGUCUACAAACUGGGUCUCCAUUGAAGGUUGUGUGUCUUCCAGCAGGACAACGACCCCCAAUAUGACAAGGAAUGGUUCAACUCAGUGUCUACAAACUGGGUCUCCAUUGAAGGUUGUGUGUCUUCCAGCAGGACAAUGACCCCCAAUAUGACAAGGAAUGGUUCAACUCAGUGUCUACAAACUGGGUCUCCAUUGAAGGUUGUGUGUCUUCCAGCAGGACAAUGACCCCCAAUAUGACAAGGAAUGGUUCAACUCAGUGUCUACAAACUGGGUCUCCAUUGAAGGUUGUGUGUCUUCCAGCAGGACAACGACCCCCAAUAUGACAAGGAAUGGUUCAACUCAGUGUCUACAAACUGGGUCUCCAUUGAAGGUUGUGUGUCUUCCAGCAGGACAACGACCCCCAAUAUGACAAGGAAUGGUUCAACUCAGUGUCUACAAACUGGGUCUCCAUUGAAGGUUGUGUGUCUUCCAGCAGGACAACGACCCCCAAUAUGACAAGGAAUGGUUCAACUCAGUGUCUACAAACUGGGUCUCCAUUGAAGGUUGUGUGUCUUCCAGCAGGACAACGACCCCCAAUAUGACAAAGAAUGGUUCAACUCAGUGUCUACAAACUGGGUCUCCAUUGAAGGUUGUGUGUCUCCCAGCAGGACAACGACCCCCAAUAUGACAAGGAAUGGUUCAACUCAGUGUCUACAAACUGGGUCUCCAUUGAAGGUUGUGUGUCUCCCAGCAGGACAACGACCCCCAAUAUGACAAGGAAUGGUUCAACUCAGUGUCUACAAACUGGGUCUCCAUUGAAGGUUGUGUGUCUUCCAGCAGGACAACGACCCCCAAUAUGACAAGGAAUGGUUCAACUCAGUGUCUACAAACUGGGUCUCCAUUGAAGGUUGUGUGUCUCCCAGCAGGACAACGACCCCCAAUAUGACAAGGAAUGGUUCAACUCAGUGUCUACAAACUGGGUCUCCAUUGAAGGUUGUGUGUCUUCCAGCAGGACAAUGACCCCCAAUAUGACAAGGAAUGGUUCAAGAAGAGUUAUUGGACUGUUUCAACUUAUUCUAGAAGAAAUAUGGAAUUAAAAAGUGCCAAUAUAUUUUUAUACAACUGCAGAUGCUUUGUUCUAAACAAUAUAUCCAUACUUAUUUUAUUUUUUAUUUUACCUUUAUUUUACUAGGCAAGUCAGUUAAGAACAAAUUCUUAUUUUCAAUGACGGCCUAGGAACAGUGGGUUAACUGCCUGUUCAGGGGCAGAACGACAGAUUUGUACCUUGUCAGCUCGGGGAUUCGAACUUGCAACCUUUCGGUUACUAGUCCAACACUCUACCCACUAAGCUACCCUGCCGCCCUUAUCUCCACUAUAUCUAUACAAAACAUGAAUACAUUCAAUAUAUUCAAGAUAAACAAUAUAUCUAGACGCCUUAUAAAACAACCUCUUUGUCAGGUACUCCAACAACAACAACUUCUGCACUAUUGAUCAUGAUAUUAAAGGUGAAAAAGGUAUUUGUUUCAUCAGUCCAUUGUUGAUAAGGUCUGAAAAUGUUUUCAAGAUGUAUAUCCUUCAAAAUACAGAAGUACAGCCGAUAUGAUGUAUUACUGUAUUUUAAUUUACUGUAUCUUGAAAACAUAUUAUCUCUCUCGUCUCUCUCUCCUGUCACCACGGUGCCAGUAAAGCAUUGGUUGAAGUCCUGAGUAGAUUCUGUUAUAAUACCGUCCCACAUGGUUAAAUACCUUGGAACCUCAUGUCACAACAACCCAAACUAUACACCCCUCCAUACAGUAGAGAAUAUACACCCCUCCAUACAGUAGAGAAUAUACACCCCUCUAUACAGUAGAGAAUAUACACCCCUCUAUACAGUAGAGAAUAUACACCCCUCCAUACAGUAGAGAAUAUACACCCCUCCAUACAGUAGAGAAUAUACACCCCUCCAUACAGUAGAGUAUAUACACCCCUCCAUACAGUAGAGUAUAUACACCCCUCCAUACAGUAGAGAAUAUACACCCCUCCAUACAGUAGAGUAUAUACACCCCUCCAUACAGUAGAGUAUAUACACCCCUCUAUACAGUAGAGUAAAUGCACCCCUCCAUACAGUAGAGUAUAUACACCCCUCUAUACAGUAGAUAAUAUACACCCCUCUAUACAGUAGAGAAUAUACACCCCUCCAUACAGUAGAGAAUAUACACCCCUCCAUACAGUAGAUAAUAUACACCCCUCUAUACAGUAGAGAAUAUACACCCCUCCAUACAGUAGAGAAUAUACACCCCUCUAUACAGUAGAGAAUAUACACCCCUGUACACAGUAGAGUAUAUACACCCCUCCAUACAGUAGAGUAUAUACACCCCUCUAUACUGUAGAGAAUAUACACCCCUCUAUACAGUAGAGAAUAUACACCCCUCCAUACAGUAGAGAAUAUACACCCCUCUAUACAGUAGAGAAUAUACACCCCUCCAUACAGUAGAGUAUAUACACCCCUCUAUACAGUAGAGAAUAUACACCCCUCUAUACAGUAGAGAUUAUAUACCCCUCUAUACAGUAGAGAUUAUAUACCCCUCUAUACAGUAGAGAAUAUACACCCCUCUAUACAGUAGAGUAUAUACACCCCUCUAUACUGUAGAGUAUAUACACCCCUCUAUACAGUAGAGUAUAUACACCCCUCUAUACAGUAGAGUAUAUACACCCCUCUAUACAGUAGAGUAUAUACACCCCUCUAUACAGUAGAGUAUAUACACCCCUCUAUACAGUAGAGAAUAUACAGCCCUCCGUGAAAAUAAAAUCAUACAUACAUGUAAUUUGUUUUUUGAAAUAUACAAAUAUACAUUUCACAUGAUAUCUUAUGGUUCGUACAAUACUAUGAUUGUUCCACGUUUCAGUUAAACCCUUCUAUUAAAAUAAUGAGUAUAUGCCACUCUGACCUGGCAGAAACCUGUGCAUUACCUCCCAUAUAGAUAUUCCUAACUCAGAGAGGAGAUUAUAAAGUGCUUUCUGUGACUCAGUCUGUCCUGUGAGGGUUACAGAUCUAGGACGUCCAGUUUUAUGUCCUGUGAGGGUUACAGAUCUAGGACGUCCAGGUCUAUGUCCUGUGAGGGUUACAGAUCUAGGACGUCCAGUUCUAUGUCCUGUGAGGGUUACAUAUCUAGGACGUCCAGUUCUAUGUCCUGUGAGGGUUACAGAUCUAGGACGUCCAGUUCUAUGUCCUGUGAGGGUUACAGAUCUAGGACGCCCAGUUCUAUGUCCUGUGAGGGUUACAGAUCUAGGACAUCCAGUUCUAUGUCCUGUGAGGGUUACAGAUCUAGGACGCCCAGUUCUAUGUCCUGUGAGGGUUACAGAUCUAGGAUGUCCAGUUCUAUGUCCUGUGAGGGUUACAGAUCUAGGACGCCCAGUUCUAUGUCCUGUGAGGGUUACAGAUCUAGGACAUCCAGUUCUAUGUCCUGUGAGGGUUACAGAUCUAGGACGCCCAGUUCUAUGUCCUGUGAGGGUUACAGAUCUAGGACGUCCUGUUCUAUGUCCUGUGAGUGUUACAGAUCUAGGACGCCCAGUUCUAUGUCCUGUGAGGGUUACAGAUCUAGGACGUCCAGUUCUAUGUCCUGUGAGGGUUACAGAUCUAGGACGCCCAGUUCUAUGUCCUGUGAGGGUUACAGAUCUAGGACGUCCAGUUCUAUGUCCUGUGAGGGUUACAGAUCUAGGACGCCCAGUUCUAUGUCCUGUGAGGGUUACAGAUCUAGGACGUCCUGUUCUAUGUCCUGUGAGUGUUACAGAUCUAGGACGCCCAGUUCUAUGUCCUGUGAGGGUUACAGAUCUAGGACGUCCAGUUCUAUGCCGUUCUCUUUUGGUUUCCUGCGUUUGGUUCUGGCUGGAGAUCGGCUCCUCCUCUGGCCUUUCCCCCCUGACCCUUCCCCCGCAGAUGCCAUCUGGUGUCCAUCAGAGACAGAUUCAUUGGGCUCUAUCAGGGUUAAGGAGCACAUUUGUGAAAUUGAUCCUGGCUGGGACUCCACAGAGGUUCUGGUCAUCUGGUGGAUCAGAGGGAUUUCUCUAUUUCCCUCCAUCUCCUCACCCUCCUCGUCUUCAGGAUUAAGCUCCGCCACAGCAUUCAACUGCACCUCCUCCUCUCCUCCCUCUUCCUCAUCCUCUGCUGACACCCCCACAUUAACCUCUGUUUCUUCCUCAGGAGUCUUCUCCUCUCCCCCUGUCUCUCCCGCUACUCCGGUCUCUUCAUCUCCUGCAGCUUCCUCCUGAACUCCUGCUUCAUCUCCUCCAGCUUUUUCCUGAUCUCCUGCUUCAGCUUCCCCUGCUUCUUCCUC